AUUCUAUAUCAUGACUCAAGAGAUACACUCGAGUGCUACAGCUACAGGAGAAUCUUCCGAGGUCAAAAAUGGAUCAUCUGGAUUAUUAUCGGAUCAGCAAGAAGAGCCAAUUGGCAGCUUGCAGCGUUUACAACCAGACUUUGUGCUCAAGGUUUUAUACCUUGCUGAUCCUAGCACUUUGGAGCCUCAAACUGAGUCCGAUACCAAUCUUCAGAGACUGAUCAAGGCAUUGGACCUCAACGGAUUCCAGAUAAGCAUCAGGCCCCAUACAGAUUCCAACCAUCUGCUUGUUUUUAUAAAGCUAAAGGACGAUUUAUUUGAGAAGCUAGCAAAGAAAAUUAAAGAGGUUGAAAGCUUCUAUGGAGUCGUGGAACUUUCUGACAUUUCCACCGCAGAUAGACUCAGAAUAGUGUACAGUAAACUGACAGGAGAAAAGAUUGAAGGUAACGCAGAGAUGACUCCCGGAGAAGGCAAUUGGAAGUUUGUCGAGUCUUGUGUACCUGUUGCCAACCACGACGCUAUUCAGAAGGAAGCUCAAAAUAUGAAAAGCAACCUGCUGAAAUUCUUCAGUGAGCCUUUUUCCUCAAAGCAGUCCGAGUUUCUGUUUAAAAACUUUGGUUCAUCAACAGCUUUUUAUUUCCAGCUCAGCAAUCUGUACAUCUACUGGCUAGCAUUACUGUCCGUCAUUGGAGUGAUUUGCAAUCGUGUUUAUGGCAGGUAUUCGAAGGUUUUCACUGUUCUUAACCUUCUAAGUGGUCUUGGGUUUUACCUGUCCUGGUACUUCAAGGAGAAACAGCUUUCUCUGAAGUGGAAUCUGACCAAUGUGUCAAAGCUGGAGUUCAAAAAAUCAGGAUCCAAAAUCAGGCCCCACCAGGUACUUCUGCGCAAACUAUUAUUCACUCCAAUAGCCGUUGGUGCUGGAUUGACUUUGAUGUUUUAUCAACUGGGUUGCUUUGUCAUAGAGAUUUUGCUGACAGAGGUUUACCAAGGUCCUCUCAAAAGUUACCUCUCGCUAGUCCCUACCAUUUUGAUCUGCUCCAUUGUUCCUAUAUGUACUGCCAUCUACACAGUGGUGGUCAAUGGCUACCUUUCGUUCGAGGGGAAUGCUGACAGGAGCACGAAAAGGAAAUCGUUCUUAAUCAAAAUGUUUGUGUUCAACUUUUUAGCAAGCUACAUGGCUCUAUUUAUCACGUCAUUUAUCUACCUGCCCUUUGGAUACAAGCUAAACGAAUAUCUCCCUCACAUUGGCUCAUACGCCGAGAAGGUGUCCACCUACAGAUCGUACAUUCCAAAGAUACCUCUGCUACAAUCUGACUACGAAAUCAACAAGCUGAGACUCAACACACAAUACACAUAUUUCAUUCUUACCAACCAAAUCGUGGGAUUGCUGCUUGAGUUCGUGCUUCCUCAAGUGCUAGCCAGGGUUUUCGCUCUCCCGUUUAUGAAGUCCCUCAUGAGUCCUGCCAAGUUGCUGCCUGUCAAACUCACUGAUCCUCCUCAGGAGAAGGAGUAUCUCGACAAGAUUCGUAAGCUGGUGGAGUUGCCCGAGUUCUCUGCAGACGACGAGUUCAGACAGCUUGUCAUCCAAUUUGGGUUCCUAAUGCUGUUUGGACCAGCCUCGUCGCUCGGCCCAGUCAUAUCCUUGGUUAUAGAGCUGAUUCAGGACAAGGCCGACUACUUCAAGCUUCUCAACCUCACCAGGACCCCUAUUCCCGAACGAGUCGAGAAUGCUUUCCCAUGGACGGUCUUCAUCAAAGUUUUGCUGAUCAUCGGCACUCUCACCUCUACAUCUCUCUCUUUGAUGUAUAAUGGAGGAGACAUUGUUGCAUCGGCAUCUCAUAGCUCGGUGAAAAACAGCUGGUAUUUGAUUCUUCCCUUUAUUGUUAUUGGAGGCAUUCUUGUACACUCAAUUGCGUUCUUUGGCGAGAUGAUCAUCAACGAGUAUUACGCCGAAUCGUCUCCAGAAAAUGCUAAAAAAGAAGAAGCUCUGGCAAGACUACUAGAAAGAGAGGAAGAAGAGAAACCUUCGACUUAUGUUAACAAUGUGGACGAAUUGCUCAGAUUUGCCUCGGUUUUACCGAAAAGAAUUAUCGUGGAGGAUAAAAAGACUAAAUAGUCUCAAUAUUUUAGAUAUAUACCGCUGUUGGCCUUAUGUUCGUCUGACAUCCACUCGUGCUCUUUUCCACACAGUGUGCAGAUACAAGUCGCCAACUUUUUCGAGGUCAUCAAGCUUUGGUGCCUUGAGAUUCACCUCACAAUACGAGCCUGCUGAAUUCUGACGCAUAAAAGUGCCAGGAUUGACCACUAACACGUUCUGCACAAUCUUGCUGAACGCCUUGAGCUCCGAGGGAAUGACAAGAAUGUCAGGCAAAGACGUAUUGAAUUCAGCUAGUCCCAUAUAACUCACAUGCAGGUCCGCGCCGCUGAUAUGCACAGACUGCUCGUACUCCUUGAGACUCCGCUUCUGUUUCAGCCCGCCAGGAAACACCGGGUAGUAUCGCCGCUGCUCGAUCACGUGACCCGAGAUUCUGUCAAAACGCGACGCUUUCAAGGAGGCGCCUACGGCCACGUCCUUGAGGUCUUUGAAGAUGUCAUUGUUGGAGCAGCCGAUGACGAACUCGUUCAGCUGGAAUGUAGCAGGAUUCGGGAAACAUUUGACGUUUUUGGGUAUCCCCAAAGUUUUUCUGUCAAACGAGUCCUGUGGAUACGCGGCGUGCUUGGUGGUGGCAUCUUUCGUGGAAGGAACCAGAAUAACGAGGCAUUCAAGUUUCCGCAGAAUCGGUGCCACCACGGCACGAAACACGUCGUCUAGCGUAGCCGGCUGUUUUUCGAGCCCGUCGAAGUGCAGCGUACCGUCCGCUACUUGUGCGUGGUUGACGUCCAAAAAAGGCCCAAACAUCACCACUGUGUCUGGACGCACCUCAUUAUUCAUUUUGUCCACAAACUCUGCCAGAUGGGUGUAAUUGAGCUCCUUCUGCGGCGUGUAUGGUCCUGCAGUGAAGACCACCUUCAUGUUUCCUGCUCCGUACUCAUACGACUGCAGCUCCUCAGCGGAUGAGACAGGCGAUUCUAAAAAUGGGAUUUGGUGCAUUUCGGUGACUUUAAAGAACUCUCCUGUCAAAUUUUGGCCCCGGAAACAAACAAUCUGGCCAGGGAAAAAGGAGUAGUCGUGGAGCGAGGAGAGGUCCAACUUGAUUCUUUGGCCUAUUCCUCCAAGUCGUGACGUUUCCAGAAACAGCGAAUUAGCGUUCAAGUCGGCAUCUGAGGCAGUCAAUGGCGAGUCUGGCACGAUACGCCCCACGGUGAGGAUCUCAUUCUGGGACUGGAUAUUUGGGUUACCAAACUCCUCGCUGUCGAAUUUGUAGUGCUCAAGCACAACUUUGGCCAUGCUGUCAAUUUGCUCAUCCAGAUAGUCUGCCACUUCGAGGAGUUUCUGAUUCAUGGUGCGGAACUUGUAUUUUUGAGGAUUGAAGUUGGCCAACAACUUUGGCUUAAUUCCGCUACCAGGAAGCACAUCAAGAUGACCGUUUAGCGUUUCUAGGAUUUCGCCCGAAACGGCAGAUUUUGUAGGCGAAGUUUGCAACGGCGACGACACCAAUGCAGUAAAACUGACAUCGGCACUCUGUGGUGUAUCUGUCCUGCGCUUCUUCGAGGACGGCGUCGAUGGUAUUAGGUGCAUGUUUGGCGUUCUCAUCAUCGGACGCUUGACUGAAGAGAGGGGUGUCUUUUGCUGGCUUUUCACAAGCUUUUUCUGGAGAUGUUCCUGAAGUUUCCCGAGAUUCUCAACGUUCAGCUGCAGCGGAUCGUCUGCUGUGCUCGCGUUCAUCACGUAUGUCUCCCAUUGGACAAACAGGUCUUCUACGCUCAGACCAAAUAUAGCCAUUAGCUCCUCGCACUUUGAUCCAACAUCGGAGUCCUCAGGCUUCAAAUUGAACUGAACCAGCACGCUUUGGGACGCCA